AUGGCACCUAAAAGCUCAAUGUCCAAGAGCGUCGGACUUCGUUCCAGACUGUCGAGAUCGAAACUUAUCGGGGGUCGAGCAGAGUCAAGUCGGAAAUUAGAGACUCAAGUUUGGGCGUCGAUAGGAAUUAACUUGAAUACUACUCAUCCAUUCACCUUCAAUUUCAUCGUCCCAUCUCGUCUUAGGACGGGAUGUAUCCCGCAUCCCGCGGAACUCUAA